CCAUUCAUUUCACUUGGUUAUUUUCCCGGCAACACCUCAGAAACCCUAAUUUCCCAGUUUUGCACCGUUUCUCACUGAAUUCAACGCUUUCCGUUCCCUCUAAAAAUCAACCCUGACAAUUCUCCAUAAAUCGAAUCCUCCUUACUGAAAAGUUUCCUUUUUUCGUUUCCGGUGUAAGUUUUGCUGAUAUCGUCAGCUUGGGUGUGCGUGCGCUGUGUUUUUUUUUUUUUUUUUGGGUGUUUGUGGUUGAAGGUCCUUCAAUGGCGGAGGACCGGACGAAUGAGGGAAGUGACUACAGUUCGGAGGAGGAAGGAACUGAGGAUUACAGGCGCGGAGGGUACCAUGCGGUUCGGAUUGGGGAUACAUUCAAGAAUGGAUGCUAUGUGGUUCAGAGCAAGCUUGGUUGGGGCCAUUUUUCCACCGUGUGGCUCGCUUGGGACACUCAGAAAUCGAGAUAUGUCGCCCUAAAAAUUCAGAAGAGUGCUCAGCACUACACUGAAGCAGCAAUGGAUGAAAUAAAGAUUCUCAAACAAAUUGCAGAUGGAGAUCCACAGGACAAUAAAUGUGUUGUGAAGCUUUUGGAUCACUUCAAGCAUUCAGGACCUAAUGGCCAUCAUGUCUGUAUGGUUUUUGAAUUCCUUGGGGACAAUCUUCUCACUCUUAUCAAGUAUAGUGAUUAUCGAGGAGUUCCCCUUCCCAUAGUUAAGGAAAUCUGCUUCCAUAUUUUGGUGGGUUUGGAUUACUUGCAUCGUGAGCUUUCUAUAAUACACACUGAUUUGAAGCCGGAGAAUGUCUUGCUUCUGUCACCACUGGAUCCAUCUAAGGAUCCUAGGAAAUCAGGCAUUCCACUUAUUGCUCCAAAUACGAAGGAGAAGAUCAGCAAUGGGACCUUAAAAGAUGAAAAAAGUUUGCAUGCAGAUUUGACCAAGAACCAGAAAAAGAAAAUGCGGAAAAAGGCUAAAAAGGCAGCUCAAGCUUGUGUUGGGAUGGAAAGUCCCGAGGAAGCCGACGAGGAUGGUAAAACACCUGAGCAAGAUGAAUGUAGUAAAGAUGUGGAACUAAGUUUAGAAUCCAGUGAAGUUAAUGGUUCUGUGGGCAAAGAUGAAUCGACAAAGGCUUCUGAAACUAAGGAUGAUCCCCAAGGAAGCCGUGGUCAAAGGAAAUCUGAAAGAAAGAAGUUACUUGCCUCUGCUGAUCUUAAGUGCAAGCUGGUUGAUUUUGGUAAUGCGUGUUGGACUUAUAAACAAUUCACAAACGAUAUUCAGACGAGGCAGUAUAGAUGUCCUGAAGUUAUUCUCGGAUCAAAAUACUCAACUCCAGCAGAUCUAUGGUCUUUUGCUUGCAUUUGCUUUGAGCUUGCGACUGGUGAUGUUCUUUUUGAUCCUCACAGUGGUGACAACUAUGACAGGGAUGAGGAUCAUCUGGCCUUGAUGAUGGAGCUUCUCGGAAUGAUGCCCCGCAAGAUUGCAUUAGGUGGCCGUUAUUCGCGCGAGUUUUUCAAUAGAUAUGGUGAUUUGAGGCAUAUCCGUCAGUUGCGGUUCUGGCCUCUUAACAAAGUACUGAUGGAGAAAUAUGAUUUCAGCGAGCAAGAUGCAAAUGACAUGGCUGGCUUCAUUAUUCCAUUACUGGAUUUUGUCCCUGACAAGAGGCCAACAGCAGCUCAGUGCCUUACUCAUCCAUGGUUGAGUACAAGACCUCGGACUCUCAACCCUUCGUCCACACCUGUGCAACCGGGGGCGAAAGAUGGAGAGACAUUGGAAAAGACAAAGGAAAAGGCUGAGCUGGAAGCUGUGGAAGUUGGCAUUGGGAAUAUAGCUAUUGAUGGAGCUCCAAAGCCAGUUGAAAUGUCCCAAACUAUACAACAGUUGUCAAAAUAAAUAGAAAUGCAUCCUGUUUUUGUUUAUUUGGAAAUGCAAUGAAGGGCCCUUUGAUGAGUGAUAUUCAUGGAACUGUUGUAUUAGACCUUAUAUGAAGCAAUGGGUCCCAUAUCAAAUUUGGGGUGAGGUAUUUUUUGAAGCUUUGAAUUUCGGUAGCCCUUGAUUGGAUGAGGCAUGGUGCAUGGAUGUCCUUUCUGAUGUGCUGCAGUAAUAUUACCUUUUGAGGCCUUCCCUUAUUCCAGAAUGGCUCAGAUAGCUUCCUUCACAUUCAACAUAAAAUGUCUCGGGCUGUAAACACUAAUGUCCUUUAUUAUUUAUUUUUAUUGAGUUCUCCCCAGAAACUUCUUCCUAGAUUAGAUUUUUCUUUUUUCCUUUUGAAAAUGUUACUUGUGAGGGGUUUGAAUUGUAUAUCUGAAUGAGUUAUAUCCGUUAAUUCUUGAUGUGUUCAUAUCAGAAUUUGUUGAUGAA